ACUCAAGGUAAUAACUCCACAACACUUCUCUCUCUACAAUUACUCUCGAGAGCUUCUCUCUCUAGAAUAUUGAGUAUUGCUGACUUGAGCAUCGGAGUGUUUUCCCUGAAGAAACAUCCUCGGGUUUUUCAGGUGUUAAAGUAGUUGAAGAUCUCUAUAGUGUAGGUUUGUGAAGCUGCCCAAACAUUUGAUGCUGUCUGUGGGAACUGAGCAAAGAAGCAGCGUUGCUAGUGUUGAAGCCAAGCAUGGAGGAGCAGAAGAAGAACACUUGAGUGGUUCAGAUGAUGAAAGAACACCAACUAGGUAUGCAACCCAGCUUGAAGAGCAAUUCCAGAUUCCAGCAGAAGCAAGGGAGCUUCGUGGUAACCAAGGGAGGGAAGUAGAAGAGGGCAUUAUCUCAAUGGAGCCGAUCGCCAUGAUAGUGCCACUGAAACUGCAAGAUCUGUUGGAAACUAUUACACCAAAGAGCAGCACCAGUUCAAGGACACAUGGUGACUUCGAUGGUCACCAUUCUUCACUGUCUAAAGGCUCGUCAUCAGAGGGGACACCCAGUGCUGAAGAAGGUAUGGGGAAAGGUGCAAGUAGUCCCCAAAUGGAAAAUGUGGAUGCAGAUGUGUUUGUGCUUGCAAAGUGGGAGGGUAAAACCAUCAAUGGUAGAUUGAGCAAUAUUCGCAAGGUGCCAGAAAAUUUACUUACUAGUUUUAGGUUCAGGGUGGCACUUCAUCACGAUGUAGCAGAUGGCGCAGCUACUGUCAAAAGGUAUAAGAAGUUGAAAGAGAUGGUGAAACAAUAUUAGAUCCUUAGAAUAGUUUUUAUCCAAGUUGGCACCAAAAAUGAGAGGGCAUGCACAAUGUCACAAACAGGGUGGGUACCGGUGUAUGUGGACCACUUUGAUGCCGGCUUGCAUUUUCCUU